AUGCAAGGAGAGCGAGGACAGGCGCAACAACACAACAAUCAAGACCCGAAGGUGAACCACCAACAACAACAACAAGGGCAACAACAACACCAUGAGCCUCAGAAGUGUCCAAGGUGCGAGUCCCUUAACUCCAAAUUCUGCUACUACAACAACUACAGUUUGUCCCAGCCUCGCUAUUUUUGUAAAGCAUGUAGAAGGUAUUGGACCCAGGGAGGGACCCUCCGGAACGUCCCCGUUGGUGGGGGUUGCCGGAAAGGUAAGCGUGGCAAGACCAUGUCCUCAUCCGCCUCUCGCUCAGUGCUCAUUCAGCCGCAAUCACAAGACCACCAUCAGAGGUCAUUGAUGAUGUUAUCGGGUGAUUCGGGUCCAUCAACUGCCCUUAACUCUUUGCAUGGCUCUCAAGACUAUCCCGGUGGCGCUGAUUAUUUGACAUCUAUGCCAUUUACUCAAAACUUUGGCCAUCUCGGGGGUUCAAGCCAAUUAGGAUGUGAUGGUGCUUCCAAUUUGGGACUGCUUCAUGGCUUUAAUGCUAUCUCAACCUAUGGCCAACGUCAAAUGCAAAACCAGCUUUUUAAGAGCAACAUGGAGCCUCCACCUUUAUACAAAUCAGAAGAUCAUCGCGGCCAGUUGCUACAAUCAACCAGGUCAAGUGGUGUUAUGACUGAUUGGCCUAAGAGCUUUUUUAGCAAAUCUCAUACUCCAGCUUCUGCUUCUGUUGCUACUGCCUCAGCUAGUCAAACAACGCUAUGGAGCCCCACCAUGGGAAACAUUACCAGUACCACCAGCGGUGCAGGCCCUUCGAAUUCUUUGAACUCGGCUCAAUGGUCUGAUGAUCUUACCGGUUCGUUUGUUGCCGGCCCUCCUCAAUGA